AAGAAGCGCAAGCGGCGGCGGGAGCUGGCGGUGCAGUCGACUGGCCGUGUACGUGCAGGCUCAGGAGGAUGAAAGUCAUUACUUGCGAAAUAGCCUGGCACAACAAGGAGCCGGUGUACAGCCUGGACUUCCAGCAUGGCGCGGCCGGGAGGAUCCACAGACUGGCGUCGGCGGGCGUGGACACCGCGGUUCGGAUCUGGAAGGUGGAAAAAGGACCCGACGGAAAGGCCAUUGUUGAAUUUUUGUCCAAUCUUGCUCGCCAUACCAAAGCUGUCAAUGUCGUGCGUUUUUCUCCAAAUGGGGAAAUUUUAGCAUCAGGAGGAGAUGAUGCUGUCAUUCUGUUGUGGAAGGUCAACGACAACAAGGAGCCAGAACAGAUUGCUUUUCAGGAUGAGGAUGAGGCUCAGCUGAAUAAGGAGAAUUGGACUGUCGUAAAGACCCUGAGGGGCCACUUAGAAGAUGUGUACGAUAUUUGCUGGGCGGCCGACGGGAAUUUAAUGGCUUCUGCCUCUGUGGAUAAUACAGCCAUCAUAUGGGACGUCAGUAAAGGACAAAAGAUCUCCAUCUUUAAUGAACAUAAAAGUUAUGUCCAAGGAGUAACCUGGGACCCCUUGGGUCAGUAUGUUGCUACCCUCAGCUGUGACAGGAUCCUGAGGGUCUACAGCACCCAGAAGAAACGUGUGGCUUUUAAUGUCUCAAAAAUGCUGUCUGGAAUAGGGGCCGAAGGAGAGGCAAGAAGUUACCGGAUGUUUCAUGAUGACAGCAUGAAGUCAUUCUUUCGUAGACUUAGUUUUACUCCUGAUGGAUCUUUGCUCCUCACACCAGCUGGAUGUGUGGAAUCUGGUGAAAACGUAACAAAUACGACUUAUGUUUUCUCCAGGAAAAAUCUUAAAAGGCCUAUCGCUCAUCUUCCGUGUCCUGGCAAAGCGACGCUCGCUGUCCGUUGCUGUCCGGUCUACUUUGAAUUGAGGCCCGUGGUGGAAACAGCAGACGGACCCUCACAGGAGCUGGGUGUGGAGCUGGUGCGCCUGCCCUACCGCCUGGUGUUUGCCGUGGCUUCCGAGGACUCGGUGCUCUUGUACGACACCCAGCAGCCGUUCCCCUUUGGCUACGUGUCUAACAUACAUUACCACACCCUCAGUGAUGUGUCCUGGUCCAGUGAUGGGGCCUUCCUGGCCAUCUCUUCCACGGACGGCUACUGUUCAUUUGUGACGUUUGAGAAGGAUGAACUUGGAAUACCUUUGAAAGAGAAGCCGGUUCUAAGCAUGAGAACGCCCGACCCAGCAAAGAAAACGAAGAGUCAGCCACACCAAGGGUCUUCACCAGGACCCAGGCUGGCCGAGGGGACCCCCACCGGCAGAAUCCAAGACCCCAGCAGCCCCUGCACACCCCCGCCUCAGGCGAGACCGUCUCCAGCGCCAGCAGCACCUUCCGAGGAGAAGGCCCUGCAGCCUAGCACUCAAAACCCGAGAGCGCCCCCGUCCCGGAGGGUCACUCUGAACACCCUGCAGGCCUGGAGCAAGACGACACCCCGGAGGAUAAACUUAAUACCCUUAAAGACAGAUACCCCACCGAAUUCUGCACCAACCAGUAUAAUUUCCACCCCGCCCACAGAAGAAAUUCAGUCAGAGAAUGUGGCCACAGACCUACUGCCAGAACCUGGUUAUCUGGACAAAGAAGAAACUCCAGGAGGUCAAGUAGAGUUCAUCCAUCAUCAGCACUGGCUUCCCUUUCACCAGCAAAAGAAUGAAAGUCUCCCCACCUGGCAACCCAGUCAGCAUGGUAGGCUUGGAUCACAGCUUAGCUUUUCUGAGCCUCAGCUGUGUAAGGAGAGUGGAACAGGGUCAUGUCUAACCCAUGGGGAAGAUGGAGACAGCCCAUGAGAGGGGCCUAAAUUUAGAAAGGAGGGUGAGGGAAUGUGUGGCUGAGGUCUAAAGUGAAAGAUUUCUUGGCUUGACUUUGGUUCCUGCCCUGUGGAGGUGGUCCUAGGGGCAGCAAUGGAGAAAAACAGGGUCGGAGUAAAGGGAAGACCUGGUUUUCAAAGUGUGUUCACAUAGGCUGACUUGAGGGAUGAUAUUGAAGCCAAGUGAAAUAUGAGGAGGGGUGGAAUGCACAUCUUGGGUGGAGGAAACCACUGGAGAGGCUCUGAGGUGGGAAGCCCCAAUCAACUUGAGGAGUGGAUGCACAGACACCCAUGUGGCUGGAGCUUUGUGGACUAGUGGGUAGAUGGUAUGUGAUGGGGACCAUGGAAAGGAGUCAGGGUGCAUUCAUAGUGCAAAGGGGGUGCUUUACAGGGACCUGACUCCCUGUGUUCUACCAAGAGCCCUCUGCAUGCCAAGUGGAGAAUGGAUUGUGGUGGAAGCUGUAGUCAGGAGACUACUGAACACUGACACAGGCGAAGCUGAGAGGCAGGCCCACCUGAACGUGCUGGAGAUAAAGCAAGGAGGUCGAAAGGAAAAUACUUCUAGCUGUUAGAUAAGUAAGUCCUGGGAUGCAAUGUACAGCACAGUGACUAUAGUUAACAAUAUUGUAUUGUCUAUUUCAAAGUUGCUAAGAGAGCACAUCUUAGAAGUUCUUAUCACAAGAAAAAAAUAUUUGCAACUAUGAUGAUGGAUGUUAAUGAAACUUACUAUGGUAAUCAUUCCAUGAUAUAUGCAUAUAUCAGAUCCUUAUGUUGUACACCUAAAAGUAAUACAGUGUCAUAUGUCAGUUGUAUCUCAA